UUCCGGCUUGAGACUCCGGUGCCGAAUAUUCAUUUAGAAGAUAUCUAUGUUACCACUGCGAGAGUAGACAUAAACAAAAGACGGGCUCUGAAAUAUCAAUGUUUUUGCUGCCGAAAUUGCGGCCAAGUCGGAUACGAUCAUUGUAUUUAAUAAAUCUGACAUUAACUUAUUGGAUCCGUUAAUUCCAUGGCCAUGCAUAGCGACUUAUCGUUGCGAGUAAGUGUUUUCUCCGAGCAAGGAGGAAGAAAAUACAUGGAGGAUGUUACCGAGGUGGUGUUGGAGUACGAGCCGAGCGAGGACGAGCUUGGCUCGGUCGGACAUGGGGACUCAAAGGCGGACUACCAUCCUGAAGAUCAGCUUGCUGAGCAGCCCUCCUCUCAUGCAGCAGAUUCUCUCUCCGAAACAGCAACUUCACCAGUCAAUGUUGUGUGGACUCAGAAAAUAACCACAGAGGAACAGGUAGAUAAUGCCAGUGUAGACAUUAACGUUAACUGUGCAGAGGAAACGUCUAUACGGUUAUCGCAACCAAAGGCAGAAUCUGCAUCGGAGUCGCGGAGGUCUGUGGCAUUUUUUGCCGUUUUCGACGGUCAUGGAGGUCGGGAGGCAGCACAUUUCGCUCGGGAUCACCUAUGGGACUUUAUAAAAAAGCAACGGGGAUUUUGGUCCAAAGACUACAGGGAUGUAUGUGUUGCUAUUCGAAAGGGUUUCAUAGCCUGCCAUCAUGCAAUGUGGAAAAAGCUCCCUGAAUGGCCAAAGACCAUUACUGGUCUUCCAAGCACCUCAGGCACAACGGCCAGUGUUGUAGUGAUCCGUGGAGACCGCAUGUAUGUGGCGCAUGUGGGAGAUUCAUCUGUUGUGCUCGGGGUCAGGGAAGAUCCCACAGACAAGGUCAUCAAAGCUGUGGAGGUCACACAAGACCACAAGCCAGAGCUCCCCAAAGAGAGGCAACGAAUCGAAGGCCUUGGUGGCAGUGUGGUGAAGAAGUCGGGGGUGAACCGUGUGGUGUGGAAGAGGCCCAGGCUGACUCACAAUGGACCCGUGAGAAGGAGCACUGUCAUAGACCAGAUCCCGUUCCUUGCUGUUGCUCGAGCACUUGGUGAUCUGUGGAGUUACGACUUCUACAGCGGAGAGUUUGUGGUGAGUCCAGAGCCAGACACCAGUGUGGUGACGCUGGACCUCAGGCGGCACCGCUACAUCAUCGUGGGCAGCGACGGCCUGUGGAACAUGGUGCCCCCUCAGGAAGCAGUCACAGUGCUGCAGAGCCACGACGAGGCGGCGGCUCCUUUUGGCAUGUCCUGUGCCCGGAGGUUAGGCUGCCACGCUCUCCUGCGGUGGCGCCAGCGCAUGCUCCGCGCCGACAACACCAGUGUCAUCGUCAUCGCCCUGCCCGAGCCGGGCAAGCCACAGCUGCCCAUGCAUCGCGACGAGGUCAUCCUCAACCUGGCCGAGGGUCCCCAGCACGACCCACCGGCCGACUCUCGCGCCGACACGCCACUGAUCAAGCAGACACCUGAUCCGGUCAUCGUGUUCCCAUCAGGCGACUCGCCGCCCCCCUUAGAGCGAGCGAAUGGCCUAACAGGGGUCAGCCUCUGUGACCUGUCAGACUCCCUGGCCGGAUCAGACCCUGAGGACUCUGGCCUCUCGAGCACGGCCCUGACCGGCUGGUUAGACGAAGGGGAACAGGAACGGACCCCGGGGCCCUCUGUUGCUGCUGCGCCGUCCCUUUCAGGCCCUGUGGUCAAGCGGGCCCGCAGGGGCAUCCAGCGCUCCCUACACCACCCUUACCGCCGCCGCAACGGCGAGCGGACACCUCUGAAGCGUGGUGGCGGCGGUGGCAGGGCCCAGAAACGAGCACCCAACGUCUCACCCAUCCUGCAGCAGCAGCAUCGGAAAGCAGCUCUGUGUGUGUGCUGAGCGCCAGCAAGUGGAUCUUCCCUUCUCUCUUUUCUCUCUCUUGCGCUCUCUCUCUCUCUCUCUCUCUCUCUCUCUCUCUCUCUCUCUCUCUCUCUCUCUCUCUUUUUCUGUCUGUUUUGCUCACACACACAGACAUGUACAUAUACGCAAUUCAGAGACUUGCCUCUCUAUAUCCAUUCUUGAGAAAAUGUUAUGAUCACAGGUAAGGUUGAACAAGCAAUGUUGUUGUAAACAUUUUAUGGACAUUACAUUGUGGUUACCUUUUAAAAUGUUGCUACUUUCAGAAUACUUUUACAUGACCUCUGUGCUCUUGUUCAUAAUUGGCUGUCCCUUGCUGGUGAUGCAUUUGAACUGAUAACUAUGACAGCCAAACAUUUUAAAUAUACUUUAAAAAGCACAGCCCCCAGCUAAAUUAACAUGAAUUAUCAUGUGUGCCUGUGUCAUGAUGCCUAUGUUUUUUUUUUAAAAUGUAUUUGUUAACUUGUCUUUUUAUAUUUUGCUUGCAAUUUUUUGCUGAUAUUCUCGGUGGAUUUUUGUUGAAUGAGUAUGAAAAUGCAUUCACAUAGCACAUGCUUUUAACAUCUAAUUGGAAAUAAACAAAACCCUCAUUUUUAUGCCCUCAGUUUUACUUCAUAUGUAGUUUUUAAAAACCCAUUUAUGGAUACAGACACACAACAAAUUCUAGCAGCAGUGAUGUAAAUAUGAGGAAAUGUUAUGUAGGUAUUUAAUGGUGAUUGAUAAACAGACAAACACAACUUCAGCUCUCAAUGGAAGUACUGUAAGAGUAUUCUAAAAAUAGCCUGUAUACGUGAGUCAUUUUGUGUGCUCCUGCUCAGGGCAUAAAUGACCAUAUGUAGGACCAUGUAACAAGUAUUCAUGCACUAAAACCUAAGAGUAAUGCUCCUCAUUUUGAUAACUCAUGGGAAAUAAUCCAUUCUGUCCAGCAGUGUUCAUGUGUCACAGUAUCAUAUAAGGCAGACUACAACAUUUUGGAGGUUAUUGUGAGAUGUUUUUUGUUUUUUGAGUGUGUGUGUGUGGAAGGAAGAAUUAAGAAUGUAUGAUUUCAUGUCAGCAUAUAAGCUUUUUCUUUCUUUCUUUCUUUCUUUCUUUAGAUAUUGACAUAACUCCUGGUAAUGAAAAACACUACCCGCAAAAAUUUGUUCAAGCCAGUUGUAAAUCUAAAAGUUCUAAAGGAUUUAUGAAUAUUUUGAAUAGAAUUACCAAUUAUAAACUGAGUUGUACGAUAUAUUUUUAUAUGUGAUAUAUAAAAGUCAAAAGAGACAUCAUUUACCUGAUCUCCAUGGUGGAAAUGUUCUCACAUUAAACUUCUCGCA